AUGUUUCAACUGGGAAUUGUUUCUACAAGGGUGGUUUUACUCUAUACGGCCAUUAACAUCGAUGAGUGGUUGCCCGAAUCCGAAAAACCUAAUCUUAAGGCGCUGGUGAUUACGUUUUGUAUCAUUAGCUUCUUGGCCGCAACACAAGAUAUAGUCGUCGAUGGAUGGGCACUGACAUUGCUUAAGAAGAACAAUGUGGGUCAUGCGUCCACGUGCAACGGAACUGGUGUAGCAUUGGGUGUGCUUAUAGCUACUAUUUGUCCCGUUUUACUAACAUCAGAAGAGUUUUGUAAUAAAUACUUACGGAUAACGCUCGGCACAGGGGGUAUAAUCACUUUAAAAGGUUUUAUGUAUUUUUGGAGCAUUAUUAUUGUGUUAAUAACAACAUCUAUUGGUAUAUUCAAAAGAGAAAAGGAUUACAGAUUAGAAGAGGGGCAUGUAAAAAUUAAUAUUUUUAAAAGUUAUAAACUUCUUUGGAAAAUUCUAAAGCUGCCUAAUAUUCGUGUAUUGGCAAUAGCAUUGUUAACAAUGAAGGUUGGAUUUUCUGCAAUGAGGAACUCAUUACUUUAUCUGAAACUCGUUGAUGCUGGUGUACCCAAAGAUGAUAUAAUGGUACUCACUACAGCAAUGUUUGCAGUAAAAAUUUUAACACCAUUUGCUGUAUCCAAGUACACUUCGGGUCCAAAGCCAAUGAGCGUGUGUUUAAAAUCAAUUCCCAUCAAACUAAUGUGGAGUCUUACAUACAUUGGAUUUGUUCAUUUAACACCAAUGAUUAUAUAUCGUAAUGGAGUAUUAAAUAUACCAAUAUAUUAUUAUUUGAUUUUAGGGCUUCUAAACGCAAUAAGUGAAGCACUCUCUUACAUAAUGCUAGUAGCCUUAACRGCAUUUUUCUCUCAAAUAAGUGACUCUCGGUUUGGUGGAACAUACAUGACGUUGUUGAACACAGUUUCAAAUUUUGGGAUGACAUUUUCGACAUCCAUAGGACUAAAAUUGAUUGACUUUUUAACGAUUAAAAAGUGUUCGAAUGAUUCCAAUAAUUAUUGUUCUACAAUAGAUUUGGAAAAUGCGUGUGAUACAAAUGGUGGCAAUUGUCUUAUAACAAUGGAUGGUUACUAUGUAGAAAUCAUCAUAUGUGCAUUAAUCGGCUUUAUUUGGUACGGGAURUUUAAAAAUACGUUAGAAGAUUUUCAAACCAAAAGUUCUUCAUAUUGGAUGGUGUAUGUUGAUCGACCAAGUGAAGAAAAUGUAGAAAAUUCUGUUGAUCCUUUUUCUAAGACCUAGAAUCUAAGUAAAUGCCAAGAAUUUAAUUCUAUGACAUUAAACAUAUAAUUUAAGAAAAAUUAUUUAUUUAUUUAUUUAUUU